UUUACAAUAAAUGUGGUCCACAGCUGGAUCCAACAAAGGGGAUGUAAAGAUCCGCAUCACAUGGCUGAAGAUGACUCAACCUUAGUGGAUAUUCGUGAUUUUUUAUUGUUUCCUACAUAAGAGCUGAAUCAGCCUUUCCUCCCUCCUCACGCCGCGUCUUCCAGCUCGGAGGAAGGAGAAGGGCGAUGGCCGCCGGUGGGGCAGCAGCAGGAGGAUGCGGAGACACGGUGGAGCAGUGCCGAGCCGAGGUGGAGCGUCUAAGCCGGGAGCUAGCGGAGGCCAAUCGCGAGAAGAUCCGGGCGGCGGAGUGCGGGCUGGCGGUGCUAGAGGAGAACCAGAACUGGAAGCAGCAGUACGCCGAGCUGGAGGCCGAGCAGGAGGCUCUGAGGCAGGAGCUGGACCAGCUGCAGGAGGUGGGAACAACAGCGGCAUUUGGCCAAGCCUACUCCGCCCAGCGUAAGGUGGCUGAAGAUGGCGAGAGCAAAGAGGAGACGCUAUUAGAGGAGUCAGCCACCAAAGAAGCCUACUACAUAGGUCGCCUCCUGGAGCUCCAAGCCGAGCUCAAACACAGCAAGGCCGCUGCUGCCAAUGCGCUGGCUGACAAUGAACAUCUGAGCAGCCUUUUACAGGAACUGCAAGAGCAGAGCAACGAGAUGUUGGAACUGCAGCGUAGCCGCAUGCGGGAGGAGAUCACAGAGUACAGGUAUCGAGAGUCCAGGCUGACGCAGGACUACACCGAGCUGGAAGAGGAGAACAUUUCUCUGCAGAAACUGGUUUCAACUCUCAAACAGAAUCAGGUGGAAUUUGAAGUCCUAAAACAUGAAAUCAAGGUUUUGGAGGAAGAAACAGAGGUCUUGGAGAACCAGUUACGGGAUGCUCUGCGUUUGAAGGACAUGUCUGAUUCGCAUCUAGAAGAGGCACUGGAGUCUCUAAACAGCGAGCGCGAGCAAAAGAAACACCUGCGUAGGGAGUUGGUUCACCAUCUGAGCAUGUGUGACGUCGCCUUCACUGGCAGCGCACACCUGACCUUUAACUCCGCCCCACCCAGUGGCACGGCUACCCCAACAACACUGCUCUCCCCAACUGCAGAAGAAACAACACGGUGUAACGGCCAUGUACAAGGUGCGACACGGUUGCUGACAGCUGCAGGGUCGGCGACCGGUGCUAAUGGAGGCGCAGGUCGAAAAGCUGAGGGUGUGACAUCGUCUGACCUUUUCAGUGAAAUUAACCUGACAGAGGUUCAGAAGCUCAAACAGCAACUGUUGACUGUGGAACAUGAGAAAGUGGCAUUGAUAACCAGUUUGCAGGAGUCCCAGACUCAGCUCCAGCACACCCAGGGGGCUCUAACUGAACAGCACGAAAAGGCCCUCCGCCUCAGUCAGAAGGUCAGUGCCCUCUCCUGGGGGAAGCAAGUCGCACAGGCCAGUACGGCCUCUCAGCUUUAUCCUGAGGACCUUUUGGAACUCGACAAGGUUAAAGAUGAAGAAAUUGAGGUUGACAAGCAUGGGAGAGCGGAUGAUAGGUGGACAUUUGCACACCAGUCACCGAGUUUGCAGAUCCUGCAGUGCAAAUACCAGGUGGCUGUGACUGAGGUUAUUGAGCUCAAGUCAGAAGUGAAAGCCCUGCUUGGCCGAUUGGCUCAAUGUGGGGAAGGCCCGGUGCAGGAGAAGUCAAGAGGAAAUGCUCACCUACAGAAGCUAGAGAGACAGGUGACCUCACUGGAAAAGAGCUGCCAGGAGGGAAAGGAAAAGGUGGCUAGUUUGGAGACUGAGUUGCAGACAGCACAGUCAGCCGCCAGUGAGAGUCAAAACGCUUUGAAUGCUGCUCAGGAUGAACUGGUGAUGCUGAGUGAGGAGCUUGCCCAGCUCUAUCAUCAUGUCUGUCUGUGCAACAACGAGACACCCAACCGUGUCAUGCUAGACUAUUACAGACAAGGCAGAGGGCUCAAGGGCCUUUGUGCCAAUCUUAAAGCCAUGUCAUCUGACAACAGUAAAGUUCUCCUCACACCACGCCUUUCCAGGAGAAUGGCUGCCGCUGCCACAACCUCAACUUCCGAAGAUUCUCGUAGCCCCUCAGAGUCUCCGUCCAAAGAACCCCUACCUGCUGGGGACAGAGGGGGUAAGAAGGGAGACAAGGAGUGGAUCCAGGGUCAGUCGCAGCAAAGCCUGACUUCCAGCACUCCUCCAACCCGCUCACCCAGCAUCAGUGCCUCGUCAUCGUCCUCCUCCUCAUCAUCACCUGCUUUGGAACCAGUCAGUGAGCUGCGCAGAGAGCCCAUGAACAUCUACAACCUCAACGCCAUCAUCAGAGAGCAGGUGAAGCACCUCCAGCGAGCGGUGGACAGGUCUUUGCAGCUGUCCAGACAGAGAGCGGCAGCCAGGGAGCUGUCUCCUUUGCUAGACAAGGACAAGGAAAGCUGCAUGCAAGAGAUCCUCAAGCUCAAGUCGCUGCUUAGCACCAAGAGAGAGCAGAUAGCCACACUCAGGCUGGUGCUCAAAGCUAACAAGCAGACAGCAGAGGUGGCUCUGACCAACCUGAAAAGCAAGUACGAGGCAGAGAAGUCAAUGGUGACCGACACGAUGAAGAAGCUUAGGAACGAGCUGAAGGCCCUGAAAGAAGACGCGGCAACUUUCUCUUCUCUACGAGCAAUGUUUGCCACCAGGUGCGAUGAGUAUGUAAACCAGCUGGAUGACAUGCAGAGACAAUUGGCAGCUUCUGAGGAUGAGAAGAAGACCCUGAACUCUCUUCUGAGAAUGGCCAUUCAGCAAAAACUGGCCCUCACCCAACGCCUAGAGGACUUGGCCUUCGAUCAAGAACAAACGUGCCGCAACCGUGGCAGCAGGUUGAUCCGCAGGAAGUCCACUCCUCCCAAAGUAAGUCUCCCAACUUCAGCUUCGACCGCUGACCUGGCACAAGGCGCCGGUGCAGCUUUGGUCCGCAGUAGUCCCUCCGCUUCUUGCCUUACUAGUCCAACAUUAGUCAAUUCUGAAGUUCCAACUACUGUGGCAGCUAAGACAGCCUCUCCCUCGUCGAUGUCACAAAUAUUCCCCCGCAGUCCGUCAUCACCAAGCAUUUCUUCCCCUCCUCAACCUAACGAGACCUCGUCUUCAACCCCUCAGAGUCUGACUCCCACCAAGUGGCGCCUCGGGGUGCGAACGUUUGCGGUUGACUCCCAUUGCUUCAAUAUUUCUUCUCCAUUUUCCCGUAGUUUGGCGGCUUCAAGACAUAUCACCCCAGAUACUCAAACCACACCCAAGCCUAACCAGACAGGGUCUGCCCCUUCCUCUCCUUAUCGAUCCACAACGCUGGGGUUUCGGCGCCCCUUGUGGAGCCCCUCACUCCGAACUCGUCCCUUCUCCAGUCUGAUGGGAACAUCGGGACAUCACACUUCCUCCUCAUCUUCUUCUUACUUGUCUUCACAUCCUGUGGCGUCACCCCACAAUUAUUCAUCCACCUACUACAGCUCCUCUGGUACUGCGUCCUACAGCCACACUACCCACUACACUCCUCUCUACCCCAGAUACUAUGGUUCCUACCGGCCUUGAGGUCUUUGUGGUCUCUUUCUGGCACUUGAGAGAACAGGAGCAUAUUUCUGUUCUUUUGGCCAAUGGAUUCUAGUUCUUUGGUAACAUUUCUCAGGGAUUUGAUAUCAGGAGCACAAGUGGUUCUAACUUCCCUUUAUACCGCAAUGACUGAUUGGCGGUCCAGAAGAGAAUAUUACAGUGAAACCUGUUUUACAGUGUUCGGAAUAAUCAUUAACACUGUUUUCUUGGAAUUAAUUAAUUGAAUUAAAUUAAACGUUGUAAUCAAACAUUACAACGUGUGUGUUAUUAUUGUGUUUAGGAGACAAAGCCACUGAUAUGUCAAACAUAUACUUGGCCCCUAAAUCUGAUUCUGAUACGCUUACAAUCGGUAACUUAACUAGCGGUAACACAACACACAGUGAACACAUUAAACAGGAGCUACUGUCGGAAUAACUCACGUCAAAAACUCCAAAUUAAGACCGCUACCAUAGAUGACUCCACUCUCGCUUGGUUACGUCACAUGUCACUCAACAGGCACACACUCAAAAUCACAGAUAUUCAAUUACAAAUAUGUAUCUCAUGAAAAAUCUUUCAACGCCAGAUAUUUAAAUGUUUUCCCAAAAACUGACACAAUAAUUACUGUUCCUGGAAAAUAGUUAUAUGUCUCUUGAAAUAGGAUGGUACGAGACAAAAACAUUUCUCUACCUGUAAUCUCAUUUUUUUAAAGAAUGUUUUCUCAAAAGUACUGUACAAUAUUGGUCUUUAGAGACUAAAAGGGUACAAGGUGUUACAAAGUACAAAUGUCUACCAUAUCAACCCUAAGGUUACCUCAUGCAUUCAAAAUGUGCUUUGCUCAUAGACAACACAAUGUUAUUAAUAGUAUUUUAAACACUAAUAUUAGUAUUGUUAUUAGGGGUGUAACAAUUAGUUCAGGUUCCCGAUAUGAUUCAGGGACAAUAUUACUUUAUUUGGAACGAUGUGAUCCAAAACGAUGCAGUGAGUUGAAAUUGAUUCAGUAACGUUUUAGCAAAAAAAAAAUUCAAACAGUCUGACUACGAAUAAAUAGUGGAUUCUGGACACCGCAGGUGAGGUUUGCUAAAUUCCUGUAAGUUCUGGUAAGGGUAUUAUGUAUAAAUGAAUUAUGGAUUUAACAAAGCAAGUAAACAACAAUUAAUGGCCAAUGCAUUCACAUCUUUUUUGAAUAAAGUGCAACUAACACUUUAGGUUGAAUUAACAAGAGAAAACCUUUUACAUUUUCAAGAAAUGUUCAAUCGGAGUAAUCAACAUUUUAUCAGUAGAUUUGCCUACUUCUGAGUUAGUUUUUUUCACAUAGAAAUAAUACAACUUUAUUCCAUGCUUGCCAACCCUCCCGAAUUUCAAUGAACCCCCCGAAAAUCUCCCGAGCAAUCAUUCUCCCGAAUUUCUCCCGAAUCCCACCCAGUCAUAAUAUUUGGGGUGUACCUUAAAGGCACUGCCUUUAACGUCCUCUACAAUCUGUCGUAACGUACACUUUACCUCUAUGAUAAUAACGUGUCGGCACAGCCUCACACUAUGUGCGGCUCUCGGAUCAUACUUAAGUGAAUGCAAUGCAUACUUGAUCAACAGCCAUUUAUGUCACACUAAGGGUGGCCAUAUAAACAACUUUAACACUGUUACAAAUAUGCGCCACACUGUGAAACCACACUAAACAAAAAUGAGAAACACAUUUCAGGAGAACAUUCGUACCGUAACACAACAUAAACAAAACAGAAAAAUACUCAGAAGCCCCUAAAGUACUAACUUUUCCGGGAAGCAACAAUAUACACCCAAGCUACCACCAAACCCUGCCCCCCUCAACCCCAAACCCACCUCAACAAACCCCACCCCAUCUCCCGAAUUCGGAGGUCCCAAGGUUGGCAAGUAUGCAUUAUUCUCAAAAAUAAAGUGCAACCAACAUAUAUAUAGGUAGAAGCAGAUGUACCUGCUACUUUCGCUGUUGUUCUUUUUUAACAGGCCUGGCAGCACUUCUUGCCGAUGGAAAUUAACUCUUGUUUUCUCAAAGGGUACUCACAUGCCUGUAUAUAAAUUUCACUUUUUUUAAAUUGAUAAGGUACUCAAAGUGAACUGGACUGAAUGGGACAGAAAUGUCUCUCAAAAAAGUACACCCCUAGCAACAAGCAUUGAACCCUUUUAGGUAAAUGACGGUACCUCUAUUUUUGAGACUGAGGAGUAAAUCCAUUACGAAUUCAAUUACAUUUUGGGAAAGUAAAUUAAAACUAUAAUUACUUUUGUGAAGUAAUUUUCCCAUGUUGACAUUUAUGUAGACAACUCGUCUAUACUGCCCAAAUCAUCAAGUCUCGGUCAUCUGUGUUCUUCUUUAUAGUAAAAAGUGCCCGCAUAAAUCGAUGUACGUAGUCGUCCUAAAUUUUAAAGAUCCAUAGCAAUAAUUUCUCUGACAAAUCUCUCUGUUUAUGACAUUUGUUGUAGAUUUGUUAGCUUCAUCCUUAUGGCUCCUGUGAUUUUGCAAGAGACGUUUGUGGUUAUGGCUAAAUGGAACUGCCACUUAUAUCUUUAACAGUUUGACAGACUCCUCACAAAGUAACACUAAAUUGUAUAUUGAAUGUUUUGCCAAAGGAGGAACAAAAAUGUCAACAACCUGUGCAGGUUCAAGUAAAUGUGCAAACUAUAGCUAGUUUUGCUAAUGUCGACAACAGCUUACGUCGACCUGUAUAGGACUUUUUUCGAUAAACAUUUUCAGCAUUUAGCGAAUGAGUUUACAACUCAGAUGCAAGAUUUGUUUAAAACAAAAAAGUAAAAAACAACUAUUUAAUAGACUUUUGUUAAACAUGUGAAUAUGGACCAUGCCGCACUACAUAGCAUUUAUGUACUGUAUCAGUGUGUAUUAACUACUUUUAUGAUGCUAUCGGGACUCUGACUCACAUUAUGUAUCCACAUUUUACAUAAAGCUGAUACCAAAUAAAUGUAUGGCAAGGAUUGUAGAAAGCGAUAUCGGUACUUUUUCCAGAUCACUGAAUGAUUUGGUGAUUUUUGCUCUAGAUUCGACAAAGGAGAAACAUUUUAGGCACACAGUAAUCAAAUUUUUUUUUAUCAACAAACACAUUUGGAAAAAAUUUAACAAAAUAUUAAUCCAAUAGUAUAAAAUAAUGUAACAGUAUCAACAAAAUAAUACAACUAUUCCCUUUUAACACAUACUGUACAUUGUUUGUGCAAAAUAAAGAAAAUUGUGUAAAAUAAGUAAACCAAAAUUACUAUUGGCUCCAAUCCAAAUUGUUUGGCUUUUUGCCCCCAAACCCUCUUCUGUCUAAGAACUUUUGUUUGCAAUAUAUAAGACAUUUGUUCACAAUAUAACAAUACACAAAUGGAAAAAUAUCAACAAUACAAUAAAACACAGAAUAGAAGUGAAGAAUAUUGAUCUCAUCCUGCUAGUAUCAGUCUGAUAUUGGUACCACCCUUGGUAAAGCUACUAUUGAUAUUUGGAUUGAUCCGCCCAGCUGUACUGUCUGCAAACAGUCAUGUGCAAAUGUUCUUCCUCCUUUUAUACUUUGCAGUAAAACGGGUGUCCACACUUUUUCCACCAAAGCUGCAUACUAAAGAACCAAAAAAUGUGACAGUGAUAUUUUUUAUUUGGAAAUUUAAAAAAAGGCUAACACCAUCGAUUCUGCUAAAUGGUUGUGUACUUAAAGUAAAAAAAAUGCCUGCAUGUCAGCAUCAUUAAUUCAAAAGUUUCUCCUUAUAUAAUGCCUUUUUGCUCUUUUUCACCAGUAUUUUUUUAGAAUGUGCUGAGGGGUUGCAGGGCAAAAAUGACUCCCUGCAGUCCGCAAUCAGAAUGACUUGAACAAAAAAAAACUGCAGUAGGCCAAUAUAAUAGAGGUGAUGGGACAAAUUGCACAAAAACCUAAAAUAAGGAACAGGAACUGAAACAGCAAUUGUGAGGUUCUUUGGAAAACAUUUCAUUUCUCAUUUGUUUAUUAAUCCAUGAAAAUGUAAACAUUGGUAUCCAGCGGUUAACACUUUUAGCCAAAGCGAGCAUUGUUGUAUUUGUUUUUGUUUUUGUAGAACUAAAUAAUAAAACAAAAACAUUGGCAUUUCUCAGUCGUGAUGCAGGUCUGGACCUAGUUUCAUUCAACUGAUAAUAAAUUAAGGAUUUAUUUCUAAAAAGUUUGAUUAUUUUAAAAUGAUUACAUGAUUUAAAGUAAGUUAAUACAAAUAUAUAGUUAAUUAAAAUAUAUUAGUAAUAAUAAAUGAAAAAUAUUAAUUCAAAUUCAUAUAAAAUGUGUAUUCAUAUAUUCAUGCAUUUCAUGUCCAGAUCCCAGGGGCACCCUUGUAGAGCACAUAGCAAGGAAUAAAUAUACAGAGCAUAUCAAAAGGUAGAGUACAAAAAUGCUUAAUAUGACCAAGAGGGGGUCAUGUGGUCAUCAUUAUCAUGGUCAUAUUACUAGCACACCCUUGUGCCUCUGAAAGAGCCAUCAAUGAAGGCUAUCAAAGCAGUACAAAGAAGCAAUAUGUCGCAAGUUUACCUAAAAAUAUCAGCUUUAAAAUCACAUACGUUCUUGUCAUGGUGUUGGUUGUGUGCAGUGCCUUUACACGCUUUGUUAAAAAAGAUCAGUCAUGGGUUUUGUUUGUGUUAAGCAUGUACAGGACAUCAACGAGCUUGGUUUCUUCAACUUCUAACAAUGUCACUCGCCACACUGUCUAUAUACAUUGUUUUACAUUCAACACAAUAAUAAACAAUAAAUGUGA